AAUUCCUAUCGGGGCUUACCUAGGAAAUUAUCUUUUGAUAGUGGUAGUCCUGAAUUCGGAACUUUCUGUUUUCGUAUACAAGAUCUUUAAAGUCAAUUCAGUAUUCAAGAUCAGCAAUUUGUUAGGAGAAAACUCGACAAACGCGUAUCGUGGUGACGACACGCAACGAGAAUGGCAGCCAUACACCGGGAGGCGAUACAAAAACAAAUUCAACAGGACUGGGCUAAUCGCGAAUACAUAGAAGUUAUCACUGGCAGUAUCAAAAAAAUUACGGAUUUUCUGAAUUCUUUUGAUAUGUCUUGUAGAUCAAGAAUAGCAGUCCUUAAUGAAAAGCUCACCACUCUUGAACGAAGAAUCGAAUACCUAGAAGCAUGUGUCACAAAGGGUGAAACGCUGACAUGAUUUUUCUUCCAAGUAUGCACGGAUAUACCCUUUUACAAUUCUUUUUAUUUACUGUACUAGAACAUGGAUAAAUACACAGGAUGAAAGUGAAAGAUA